AUGAGCGGAAGUGAGAAAGCGGUUAACCGCCUUAGCCUCAAUUCUCCGCUCCUCCGCUACCUGCAAGGCGCCGCCGCUGCGAGAUAUCCGACUGUCCUGUUUCCGCAUGAUUUCGACGGCGCCGACGCGGAAAAUGCCUUCAGUUCUCCCUCGCCUGUCUCCAAGAGGAACCAGUUCAGCAGCUCUUCCGGAAGCAACGGCCGCGUCGGAGGCAGCAGCAGCAGCUUUGGGAGAUCCACGGCGUCUUCAUCGCCCCUGUCGUCGUUGUCUUCUUUGGAGAACGCGAGGAAGUCAUCGGUCUUCGGCGUCGGUCCUCUGAAGGCGAUGGAAGACGAUGUGUUGGUGAUGGAUGCGAUCGGCGUUGCUUCAGACGUCGGAGGAACGGCUAGGGUUUCUGGUAGGAAUCGCGUGCUGUCUGAGUCCGGCGGUUCGUCUUCGAGUAGUUCUUCGUCUUCUUCGUCAGGGAACAAGAUCAACAAGACUGAACUCUCUUCUUCGUCGGGGAACAAGAUCAACAAGACUGAACUCUGUAGGGCUUGGGAGGAUCACGGAUACUGCCGCUACGUCACUAAAUGCCAGUUUGCACAUGGAAAGGAAGAGCUUCGUCCAAUAGGUUACAUCGUCAAUAACAAAUCUGAGGUUGGGAGUAACAGAUCACUGACUCCACCUUCAUACCCUACAAAAUCCCUCAUGUAUUCACCAGGGAUGACUUCAGCAACGGCAAACCAAACAAGAUAUGCUUCCAACACACCUGAACACAGCAACAGGGGCACCUCGAGCUUCAUGAGAUCGGAACUCUCCAGCAGGGGCUCCAAGAGAAGUUCAACUUCGGAUGCCAGGGUCAGUAUCUCCACUCCACCCAGACUACACCUUCCAAGCAGAAGCUCAACAUCCAUCAAGAAGCCUGAAGGCUUCAGAAUUUUGGGUUCCGGCAACACCAGCUCAUGCGACUGGUCACCCUUGGACGAUAACAUCGAGGUUUUCCUGCCACCUUAUGCUGAAAAAUCCACAUCAAGGGAAGAUGUUGAUGCCUAUAUCGACCGGAUUCUUCAUGGCCCAUCUACAAAGAAAAGGUUGCCUGCAUUCACAAGGUUCUUCCCAUAGGAGGAACAGGAACAGCCUCUCUCACCUCUCUUCCAUCGCAGAGUCCUUCAUCAGCAGUAAGUCCGUAUGAUUUUGUUCGACUGCUAGUUGCUGUAAACACGAACAUACAUAGAUAUCCUUGUACUUAACUGCCGUGCGUUGGACGAUCUAACAAGAAGCGUGGAAGAAUGAUAGACCGGCUGUAAAUAAGUUGGAAGACCAGAUUCAUGGCUGCAGAGCACGCAUAGAUCGUGAUACCCGGUUAAUAACUGUAAUUAGGGUAUUGAUUCAGACUCCUUCGUUUGAUAUCUGGCUCGGGGGAGGAACUUGUGAAGAGAAGUGGGAUGGGCCUCGUGAUCUGCACUUCAAGUACCUUUGACACCCAAAUUAGCGU